AUGGCGGCAGAAGCCACCCCAGCGGCCGCAGUUAUUCCCGGACCUGGAGCUGGGGGGCCCCAGCCUGGCCCCACAGGCCUGGCCCGGGAGGCAGCCCCUCGCGGCUGCGGGCCUCCAGACUGGCGCCCCGAGAGGCCGGGGAAGAGGAGCCUCCUUCUCAAGGGGCUGGGCGCCUCCCAAGUCGUGGUCGCUGUGCUGCACGUGGCCCUCGGGGGUUACCUGGCCUUCGCAGUCAAGGACCUUCACCUGGUGGUGCUGAAGUCUUGGUACCCAUUCUGGGGGGCUGCGUCUUUCCUCAUUUCUGGGAUUUUGCCGAUAACAAUGGAAGUGGUUUCAAAAACCUCUCUGAAGUUGUGCCUGAUAGCAAACAUCAUCAGCUUCUUCUGCGUGCUCGCCGGCCUCUUUGUCAUUGCCAAGGAUCUCUUUCUGGAAAGUCCCUUUGAGUCCCCGACCUGGAGACUGUACCCCAACAGCACAGUCCACAUCCAGAGACUGGAGCAGGUCCUGCUCUGCUUCGCCUGCUUUGAGGUCUUGCUGCCUGGGCCCACGGCUGCCGUAGCCUGCAGGAAGGGCCGCCUGUCUGCAGAGAGGGAUGACUUGUCCCUUGUUCCUGACACACCAUUGGAGCUCAGGGGGCCUCCUCCAUCCUAUGAGGACGUGACUCAAGGUGGCACAUGGAAGGAGCCAAAGCAGGGGUGA